ACAACAAUAGAUCCUGAAUAACUCGAGCACAAUAAAGCAGAUAACAUUGAAUUACUGUGUCUGGCAGCAUUUCUAAAACAGUGAUAAUGGGCCCUAAUCUAUUAAAAAACAGAAAGAAAGAAACAUGCGCUGCGGUGUGUGUGAUGUCCUCACUACGCAGAAGAGAGGUGGGGGUGACGUAUAGAGCACCCCUCCCUCACUUGGUUCCUUUCGCGGAUGCUGCGACCGAGCUCCUCUGCGCGCGGGCUGUCGAAGCGGCUCGACCCCCUCCUCCUCCUCCCCCAAAGAUGUCGCAUGAGCUUCUCCUCUCUCCCCUGCGUUUCUUUUCUUUUCUUUUUCUUUCAGAGCUCUUAACAGUUAACCGAAUCCGAUGAAAACAGCAGUUCUCACCGCUGCGAACAGCUCUCACCAAGGCGCACGGACUAACCCCCUCCCCACUACCGAGGUGUUUAUUAAACCGUCAACCCGGCGCAUCCUCUCUCUCCCUCUCUGACUCUCUCUCUCUCCUCCACCGCCGCAGAACUCCGCCGACCAACCGUCAGGUGACAGCGCGGAGCGGAAUAUUCAUCAGCACCGUCGUCGUGUUUCAUCCCUCCACUCCUUCGGGCUCCAGGCAACCGGAACUACCGCAGCCCCGGUGUCCGCUGUAUCCUCUCAUCCGGUUUGGGACAUUCUCCGUUUCACGCACACACAGAUUAACGGGGAUUCUGCCUCCCCGCCCGCGCGCUGGUGCUGAUGUCCUUGAGCUCGGCCUGCACGGUGAGUCGGUCCUGGUGGUGCAGCAGUAGCUACCUCUGAACUGGAUCCACUUCCUGUCUCUGAUUCAUCAGCCGGCUUUGCCUUGCUCACCCCUCUCUCCACCCGUCCAUCAUUCCUCCGUCCCUGACUGUAAGCGCAUCAGCCUGUCCAUCCAUCCAUCCGUCCAUCCAUGGACUGGCCACGAGCCUGGAGGGAGGGGGGCAGAAACGAGGAAAGAGCGGAGUCGUAGAAGAGAUGAAGGAAAUGAAAGCUGGAUUCAUUCAGAUGUCACACUUCUGAAGUGCCCCUGCUCACUGCCCUUCAUCCCCCUCACCCUCCUCCUGUUAUGGAGAAUUAAAGGAGCAGUGGGAGGCUAGGCCACCAUAGCAAGGAGAAAAAAAAUAACCAACGCCCCUUGAUUGACCUUAAUAAAAUUAAAAGGGUUCAGGCUUCAUUUUAAUUACACAUUUUACAGUAGGAUAUCGAGGCAGAAAAAGAAUCUGACUGUUGAGCACAUGAACACCCCUCCACCCACCAAACAAAAGGGGUACUGAGUCAAGGACAGGCUACGGAGCAAAAGGAGGGCCCAACAGAAAAACACCCGUACUGACAUGUCCACAACAGCCACGAUGGGUGAAAUGGCAAACAGUGCAGUGGAGUUUUAUCCUAAAGGGACUCGAGGCGGAGGAGGAAGGGCAGAUGGCAGUCAUGCAGGGGAAGACUUUGGGGUCACGCUGAAGGAGCUCAGGGAGCUGAUGGAGCUCCGAGGGGCUGAAGCCCUGCAGAAGAUCCAGGACAGCUACGGAGACGCAGAGGGCCUCUGCCAGAGACUACAGUCCAGCACCACUGAUGGUCUCAGUGGGGACCCGGCAGACCUGGAGCACCGGCACCAAACAUUCGGCCAAAAUAUUAUCCCCCCAAAGAAGUCCAAGACUUUCCUGGAGCUGGUGUGGGAGGCCUUACAGGAUGUCACACUCAUCAUUUUGGAGGCCGCUGCCAUUAUCUCCCUCGGCCUCUCUUUCUACCACCCUCCUGGAAAGGAAAGCGAAUCAUGUGGGAAUGUGUCGGGGGGUGCAGAGGAUGAAGGCGAGGCUGACGCCGGAUGGAUUGAGGGUGCAGCCAUUCUACUGUCUGUUGUAUGUGUCGUCCUGGUGACAGCGUUCAAUGACUGGUCCAAAGAGAAGCAGUUCCGAGGUCUACAGAGUCGGAUCGAGCAAGAGCAGAAGUUCACUGUCGUGCGGAAAGGAAAUGUCAUUCAGAUCCCUGUGGCUGACAUGGUGGUGGGGGACAUGGCCCAGGUCAAAUAUGGGGACCUGCUCCCAGCUGAUGGCAUCUUGAUUCAAGGCAACGACCUGAAGAUAGACGAGAGCUCUCUUACCGGAGAGUCUGACCAUGUACGCAAGUCUGUAGAUAAGGACCCAAUGCUGCUCUCAGGUACGCAUGUGAUGGAAGGCUCGGGGAGAAUGUUGGUGACAGCUGUAGGCAUCAACUCACAGACGGGCAUCAUUUUCACCCUGCUGGGUGCUGGAGAUGUGGAGGAAGAUGGAAAGGAGAAGAAAGCAGAGGGCAGUACUCAGUUGCUCAUCUCUACAGAAGCCAGUUACGGCACAGUCACCAAUGGAAAACAACCAGAUGGAGCUGUGGAGAACAAUCAGAAUAAAGCCAAGAAGCAGGAUGGGGGUGUAGCCAUGGAGAUGCAACCCCUGAAGAGCGCCGAGGGAGGGGAGGUGGAGGACAGAGAGAAGAAGAAGACCAAUGUUCCAAAGAAGGAAAAGAGUGUGUUGCAGGGCAAGCUCACCAAACUGGCUGUUCAAAUUGGCAAAGCAGGUUUGGUGAUGUCAGCCAUCACUGUCAUCAUUCUGGUGCUGUAUUUUGUCAUCAACACGUUUGUUGUUGAAGGUCAUGCUUGGUUGACAGAGUGCACCCCGGUCUACAUCCAGUACUUUGUCAAGUUCUUCAUCAUUGGAGUCACUGUGCUGGUGGUGGCUGUCCCAGAGGGCUUACCUCUCGCUGUCACCAUUUCUCUGGCUUACUCUGUUAAGAAAAUGAUGAAGGACAACAACCUUGUACGUCACCUGGAUGCAUGUGAGACAAUGGGCAACGCCACUGCCAUCUGCUCCGACAAGACUGGCACCCUCACCACCAACCGCAUGACUGUGGUUCAGACUUACUUAGGUGACGUGCAUUACCGUGUGAUCCCGGACCCCGCACAGAUCAACCACAGGACACUGGACCUAUUAGUCAAUGCUAUCGCAAUCAACAGCGCCUAUACCUCCAAGAUCUUACCGCCUGAUGUGGAGGGGGGUCUGGCAAAGCAGGUGGGCAACAAGACAGAGUGUGGACUGCUGGGAUUUGUAUUAAACUUACAACAGGACUAUGCCCCUGUCAGAGAGCAGAUCCCUGAGGAGAGACUGUACAAGGUGUACACAUUCAACUCAGUGCGUAAAUCCAUGAGCACGGUGAUCAAGCUGCCUGACGGCUCCUUCCGCCUCUACAGUAAAGGAGCUUCUGAGAUCAUGCUGAAGAAGUGUUCCUAUAUCAUGGAUGCCAACGGAGAACCGCGCAGUUUCCACCCACGUGACAGAGAUGAGAUGGUCAAACAGGUGAUUGAGCCAAUGGCAUGUGAGGGGUUGAGGACCAUCUGCGUUGGGUAUCGUGACCUACCAUGCAAUCCGGAGCCAGACUGGGACAACGAGGCAGAAAUAGUGACGGAGUUGACCUGCAUCACUGUGGUUGGGAUAGAGGACCCUGUGCGGCCUGAGGUGCCAGAGGCCAUCUGUAAGUGCCAGCGUGCAGGCAUCACGGUGCGGAUGGUGACUGGCGACAACAUUAACACAGCCAGGGCCAUUGCUACCAAAUGCGGCAUCAUCCAUCCUGGGGAUGACUUUAUCUGUCUAGAGGGGAAAGACUUCAACCGACGAAUCAGGAACGAGAAAGGAGAGAUUGAACAGGAACGUAUUGACAAAAUCUGGCCCAAACUCCGCGUGUUGGCUCGGUCCUCGCCAACUGACAAACACACACUGGUCAAGGGGAUCAUUGACAGCAACAUUAUGGAGCAGAGGCAGGUGGUGGCAGUAACAGGAGAUGGAACCAAUGACGGACCAGCGCUGAAGAAAGCUGAUGUGGGCUUUGCCAUGGGUAUUGCGGGAACAGAUGUGGCUAAAGAGGCGUCUGACAUCAUCCUGACUGAUGACAACUUCAGCAGCAUUGUCAAAGCAGUGAUGUGGGGACGAAAUGUCUACGAUAGCAUCUCCAAGUUCCUGCAGUUCCAGCUCACGGUCAACAUAGUGGCUGUCAUAGUGGCCUUCACUGGGGCCUGCAUCACUCAGGACUCCCCCCUGAAGGCAGUGCAAAUGCUGUGGGUGAAUCUGAUCAUGGACACGUUUGCUUCUCUGGCCCUGGCCACUGAGCCACCCACUGAGGCCCUGUUGCUACGGAAACCCUACGGCCGGAACAACCCACUCAUCUCGCUGACCAUGAUGAAGAACAUCCUGGGCCAUGGAGCGUACCAGCUGGUCAUCAUCUUCACCCUGCUGUUCAUAGGUGAGCGCAUGUUUAACAUUGACAGCGGCCGCAACGCUCCGCUCCACUCCCCUCCCUCUGAGCACUAUACCAUCAUCUUCAACACCUUCGUCCUCAUGCAGCUUUUCAAUGAGAUCAACGCUCGCAAGAUCCACGGAGAGAGGAAUGUCUUUGACGGCAUAUUUGGCAACCCCAUCUUCUGCUCCAUCGUUCUGGGGACCUUCGCCGUACAGAUCGUGAUCGUGCAGUUUGGAGGGAAACCCUUCAGCUGCUCCCCUCUCAACAUAGAGCAGUGGCUCUGGUGUCUGUUUGUGGGAGUUGGAGAGCUGCUCUGGGGGCAGGUGAUUGCCACAGUGCCAACAGAGCGACUGCCAUGUCUGAAGGAGGCAGGGCUAGGCCUGGAGCCUGGGGAGGAGGAGGGGGAGGAGCUGGCAGAGGAUGAGGAGGAGAUAGACUGCGCUGAGAGAGAGCUGCGCCGCGGACAGAUCCUCUGGUUCAGAGGCCUCAACCGCAUCCAGACACAGAUGCGAGUGGUGAAAGCAUUCCGUAGUUCGCUGUAUGAGGGCCGGGAGAAACCGGAAUCCCGCAACUCCAUCCACAACUUCAUGGCCCACCCGGAGUUCCUCAUCAAUGACCUCAUCCACAACAUCCCGCUGAUUGACGACACUGACGUGGACGAGGAGUCAGAGCUCAGCAGAUACCAGCACCUGCACCCGGCCCUCCGCAAGCCGCCACCGCCUCCCACGCAGCCCCCAGCCCGUGUCCACCCCACUCGCCCUUACCGCCAGUACAGCCUCCCGGUGACCCCGUGCAACCGAAACAACAACAACAACAGCAGCAGCAGCAGCAGUAUCAGUUCAACGGUCACCCACCACAACGAAAACAGCACCAACUGGAACCCACAUCAUCAUCAUCACCAUCACCAUGACCAUCAUGGCAGGGAGAGGCAGGUGAAACCCUCUUCCCCUCACUUGGCCCACCUCUAUUGUGUGGUGACCUCUUUAUAACUGAGCUGGAUGUGGGUCAGGGGAAGAGGAGCAGGGGAACGAAUUCUUGGGGAGCAGGAGAGAGGGCUAAGGACACACUCAUGACAUUUUCAUCCUAUCUCCUAGACAACAAGCUAAACAGGAGGGAGUGACGGACGAGGAGGGCACAGGAGGGAGUGGACAAUGGCUGGAAACUUCUGCUUGCUACUCCCUGAGAACAUUGAGACUUUCCCUCCCUUCACCCUUGCUCCAGCCCUCUCAGUCUGACCCUCUGACACCACCACCCCUCUGCCUCUCUCCCCCAACCGCCCCACCUUGCCUGUCGCGCACACUUGUCACACACAUGCACAGGUCUGCUCUCAAUGUGUUGUCCUGAGCAACGAAGGGUUGGGGAGGGAGGGGG